UUGUGUCCGUGGGGACAUGUGGAUUUUAGACGUUUUGGACACGACAGUGAACCACUGGUGGAGGUUUUAAAUAUUUGUCCCAAACCUAAACGGACAUUCAGCAGCGUCGCUACAGACAUGAACUGGUUGGACGACAUGAUGACGUGGAGCCUGUGGGUUUUUCUGCCUCCGCUGUACUUUGUUGGCACUGCUGCUGGACUCUGGGUGGUUUACUUUACUGCUGUCAAAAAUGAAGAUAUAGUCCCCUUGACCUCACAAUACAGAAGAGUGGUAAAUAGUUCCAUAUACUUUCCUUACAUUAGUGUUGCAGGAAAUUCCCCACCAGCGAGCUGUAUUUUCAGUCAAGUUAUGAACCUGGCAGCCUUUGCAGGAUUCAUCAUUGCCGUGCUUCGGUACCUCCAGAUCAAAUAUACAAUUGGCAAAUCUUGGCUAAACAUCGGAAGUGUGAUAGCGUGUUCUGUCAGCUGCUUUGGCAUGACGCUGGUGGGAAACUUCCAGAUAUUCAGUGAGGAAACGAUUCACAACACAGGCACCCUGAUGGUGUUUGGGAUGGGAACACUGUUCUGCUGGAUGCAGAGUUUUAUGACACUGUGUGAAGGAAAGAAGUUCGCCGUCUUCCGUUUCUUGUUGUCUGCAUCCAUCACUGCCUGCAUCAUAAUUCAUUCCUCCAUGAUUGCUGUGCACCUUCACAUGCACGGGGCUCGCAGCCAGUGGGCACUGGUCAUGUUCCUCCUCAUGUUCAUCGCCACUUUUGCUGUUGAGUUUCGUCACUGUCACUUUGACUUAAUAUGUAGAGAUGACUCCAGGUGUUCCAUCAUCCCACCGCAAACCUUCUCUGAAAUGCGUCAGACACACGAUUGGUCAAACACUAACACGUGAUCAGGUUUAGGAACGACACAGACAAAUGAAUCUGUGCUGUCAACAUACUUUAAGAACAACAUGGAAUUCCAUUUGCUGAAUGUACUUUUAACUGAGUAUCAUGACCAAAAACUCCUAAUAUGAGUCAUCACAGAAAAUUACAAUAAUAUAAGACAUUGAUCCUAAAACAUUUGUCUAAAGUCGGUCUCCCAGGACAGAUUUUUGAGCCCGGUUACCUUCCCAAGUCCAAAAAAAUUUACAAAAUUGGGCGGGAUGUAUGACAAUAGCAGACUAAAGUUGUGUGUCAUAUGAGUCUGCAGCAGAUUGCUGCAGACUCCACACACAUUUGAAUGUGGCCCACGAAACGAGAGCUUCUGGUCACGUGCACAAUGGUACUGUGGUCUAAUGUCUGCAGUUACAGUGGGGAAAAUAAGUAUUUGACCCCCUGUCGGUUUUGCAGGUUUUCCCACCUACAAAGAAUGUAGAGGUCUGUAAUUUUUAUCGUAGGUUCACUUCAACUGUGAGACAAAA